CCCGAGACCAUGAGCCUCUGCGCAUUGAACUUGCCGAACCAGACGCUGUCGUCACUCCAACGUUCAUGCACAGUACUAUCCUCUCCCUCCUUUGCAACCCUCGCCCUCUCGCGAUACAGUCGAUCUACCGUCCUUUAUCGUCUUCGCUACCAACACCACCGCCGCCUACUGCGUCAGCCCCAGCUCCAACGCUACAGCCAUCCGUCUCUCCACCGCUGCUGACCUCGUUACGGCCACGGGUGGCUCUCUCUGUCCAAGAGGCGCCGUAGCGCCUCGCUCGACAGCCAGCCAUGGCCACUUCCAAUACAAUACCAGAUACGCAGCUAGGGCUCAGUGCCGAAGAGGUCCAGCUGCUUCGGCAAGGUCAGGCCGCCUUGGGAGGCGGCGGAGGUUCAGCAAGCUCUCGGGCCGCCAGCAGGGCCAGCAGUCAAGGCCUCUUAAUGCUAGACUCCUCAUCACUGUCAGCUCUAGGGCGAUACUUUGAUCGAUUAAUGGCCGGUAUCGAGCAGAACAUCCGCUAUCUCAGCGAGCAAGCCCAAAUGUUUACACAAGUUCAAUACGACCGAGCUGGUAACAUCAUUGAUGGCGCCGAUGCCGAAAUCGCACGAUACGCCGACAUCUUACGGCAGCUCGAUGAGCUCGAGGUUGAUUUCGAUAGGAUAGCCCAUAUUAAAGAAAUCGUCAAGGGAUACAGAUCAAGAGUUGAAGCACUCGAGAAAGACUUGGAGAGUAGCGGUGGCGGUUCGUCAAAUCGGCACAAGCAUUCGUCACAUCACCACAAGCACUCUCACAAGCACAGCUCAUCCCGCCACAAGUGAGGCGAGAUUGCCAAUGCCACCACCUUCUUUUUAGCUACCGGGCUGGAGCCAGCGCCGGCCUUAUAGACAGAUAUUGUCAUUGUCGAAUUAUGCGCUCUGUGGGAUGACUACCGCUUGAUCACCGGCAAGUUUAUCUAAGGAGAGCCCAUCACCACACAAGAAAUCUCAGUACAGGGUUACCAAUGGAAAGGAAAAAAUGGAUAUUGCAAAAAGGGAACAAAAAAAAUUUGUCUUGGGAUGCCCAAGCAGGCAUGAUCCAGUCGUUGUAGAAGGGGAUUUGUAUAUUCUCGAGUUUGCAGGACUACGGCUGCGGAAUUCCUCAAGAUGGGUGAGGCCUCGCGGCUAGGCAAGAAAGGA